UAAAGCCAGCUGAAAAGUCUUGGUCAUAUUUGAAUCUGAAUCUGUAUCUGUGUUAAGCAAGCAUGGCGGAUUGUGCGAGGAAGUUCCUCCUAGCUACCGUAUUAGCUCUAUUAUGUUUCUCAUGGACAAUCGCAGCCUCUGACGGGCCAUUUAUUGUCGCACACAAGAAGGCCGCUCUUACUCGACUCAAAUCCGACAUCGAACGGAUUUCCAUCUCCAUCGACAUCUACAACGAAGGAUCUGCGACGGCAUACGAUGUGAGUCUUUAUGAUGAUAACUGGUCUCAAGAUGUAUUUGAAAUUGUCGCUGGUAACACAUCCAUGUCAUGGGAAAGGCUGGACGCUGGGGCUUCUCUCUCCCAUUCCUUUGAGUUGGAAGCUAAGAAAAAAACAGUGUUUUAUGGGGCACCAGCGGUCAUAACAUUCCGUAUUCCCACUAAGGCUGCUCUACAGGAGGCAUUCUCAACUCCGAUCCUCCCUCUUGACAUACUAGCUGAUAGGCCUCCGGAGAAGAAGUUUGACUGGGCAAAGGUAUGACAUCUUCCUACAAUAAUAUUUAGAUUUGAUAAUGCUUACAGUUACAUAAGAUUACAUACAAAUACUGGAGAAGUAACCCGUUACUAGGUUAUCAAUCAAUAUCUGAUUUAGGAAAAAACACAUCUGAAUUCAGAAAGAACGAGGGGUACAGGGAUGGAAAAUUCAUCUUAUAAACAUCUCUUUGAGCGCACCCUCUAAGUUUGACAUUUUAAGUUGAAUCUAAAAUUUCUGCAUUUUACAUGUCCCAUGUGCUUGGUACUUAAUGGAAAUAUUUGAUAAUUAUGAGAAUUCGGACCUCAUUUUAUCUCACCUUGUUUACAGAAAUUGAUGGCAAAAUAUGGUUCCUUGAUUUCUGUGAUCUCAAUUGUGGUUCUAUUUGUCUACCUGAUUGCGAGCCCUUCAAAGUCCAAUGCUGCAAAAAAGAAGCGCUGAAUACAAAUUAGCUGGCUUGCAACUUGGUCAUUAUUGAGACAAGAAUGCUUGGAAACCUUCAGGCUUAUUCUGUUUGUCCUUGUUAGUCAAACAGUUUAUGUACCAGUUUUAACUUUUACACUUGUAACAACAUCCAAGCAGGUAAUUAGACUGAGAUGUUAGUCUUGGGCAGAUCUCUAAGCUAAGAUUUUUACUUUUUAUGAGAAUUUUGUACUGGGUUCCUUGAAUACCUAAGUUUUU